AUGCGAAUGGCCAAACCCGGCAGGCCGCAAUUACAUGCCAAAAUAGGGCCAUCACCACCGUUUCCGGACUGGGGACGAAACCCAGGAAAUCCUGAUAUACUAGACCUUAUACACUUGGGUCCACGUUCUAAGGUGGCGGAGUCCUCGGGAUUUUCCCUUCCCCUCCUCCGUCCUACUUUCUUUCUCAUUGCAACUUCUCUUUUUUUUUUCGCCCCGCGAAUUUUAGAAGAGUAUCACUUAGACCCCCAAUUCUUCGUUUGCCGUUUUCACCUGAUACGAGGUCACACGAUUCGCUAUUGCGACGCUUCUGCUCUUCACUCGACGCCCACCCCGCGUUCUUUCAAAAAUCUGGCCUUGAACACGUCUUCCCGGGACAGCUUCUAUAGCUGUCCCGAUCUGUCCACGCUGCAGAUUUCUUCCGCAUCCGCCGCUCUUUACGGUAUCGACAAUCUUGAGCAGGGAGCCAGUACCGACCCGGAUCGUUCACCAUCUCCCGAGUCUGCCCCGCGCGCGAAGAAACGUUCCAGGAGUCAGGCCGUCACCAGGAAGGCGCGCGGUGUGAUCGGUAAGGUUCGCGCAUUCCAGCGGAUCGCGGCCGCCAAGAUGGCGCAUCCGGCCAUCAAAAUCGAUACCAGCGUCCCGGCGACCAAGCGCGAGCUACCCGACGGCGAUGCAGCCCUCGAUGUUGGUGAGCAAGGAGAUCCCCGGUUAGAAGCUGGAUACACGGACAACGUCCCGCCGUUCCUCUGUCAAUCUGUCUCAGAGAUCCACGACAAGUUCGAAGAACUCGAAUGGAUACAGCGGUCGCGCAUGGCCGAUGGUUUGCUCUCUAACGACCCUUCUCACCCUUUCGCGCUCGAGGGUGAUCCUCAAGUCAAGGCGAGGAACAGAUACAUAAACGUACAGGCAUGGGCAAACUGCCGGAUCCAUUUACGGGUGCCCGAAGGGCAAUGUGACUUCAUCAAUGCCUCCCCCAUUACUCUGAGAGAUACGAUCACGCAGGAAGAACGGAAGUACAUUGCGACACAGGGCCCCAAACACGACAACCUCGCACACUUCUGGCAUAUGGUUUUUCAUGAAAGCAAGGAGGUUGGCGUCAUCGUCAUGCUCACCCAGACUUUUGAAGCUGGACGGGAGAAAUGCGCGCAAUACUUCCCAUUGGACGCAGAGCAAGCUUCGAUGAUCCUAUCGGAAGAGGAUUAUGACUCCCGGAGCAACGAAAAUGGUCAACAAGAAGUGGCCGCCGUUGGAGGAAAAGUCACACUGCUAGAAACGACGUUUGAUGUCAAGUCGCGCUCUGAGAUUCGUAAAUUGGAGCUCAACAUUGGCUCAGAGUCGAAGAUCGUAUGGCAUUUCCUUUUCGCGGGCUGGGCGGAUUACUCCAAACCCGAAGGCAGCGAUCGCCAGGCACUGCUGGAGCUGAUCAAUCUGUCUGCCUCUAAAUGCAGCCCGGACAACCCACGCGUGGUGCACUGCAGUGCGGGUGUUGGCCGGACCGGAACUUUUAUUGCGCUCGACCAUCUCCUGCGCGAGCUCGAGUCGGGCCAGUUGCUGCAGGUUGCCGAUCCGGAGAUCGACCCCGUGUUCGACACCGUCAACUCGAUGCGUGAACAGCGUAUGAUGAUGGUGUACAACGAAAUGCAGAUGCAGUUCAUCUACGAAGUCCUUCGUGAACAGGCUGACGCGAAGCUGGGCAACUAUUCGGCGCCUAGUGACAAGUCACCUGGAGCGCAGGGCGAAGAGCGGUCUGCAAAAAUGGUCAAGCUGACAGACGAAGCGAACUAUCAACCUGCGUCAAAGCCUGAAUUGGAGGCUGCGCCAGACCGAGUUCCAACUCCGACGCAAAGCUGGUCUGGAACGCCCGAGGUCUCCGACAACGAGUAG